AUGGCCCCCAAGAAGGAGAAAGGCGGGGCUAUCAGCGAACCCCCGAAGCCCUGGGAGCCCUCGCUCAUCGCCGCGCAGUUCAAUCAGAGCGACUGGAAAUGCUCGGUGGCCUUCGUGGUUGGAAACCAGAUUGAAGAUGAGCUUCUCCUCAUCGAGGCCCUCACCGCGGUGGUUCAGAUCCCCCAGAGGAGACUCUUCAGUGUGGUGACCUGGCCGGACAUCCUCCAGCAGAUCAACGAAAUAAAUGCACUUAUUGGAAAUGUCCCAGCCAAAAAGGGGAAGAAGAAAGUAAGCAUUGGCCUUCCAUUAUUCUACGAGGUGUUAGUAGCAGCCAAAACAAUUAUGGACAGUGGAGAGAAGUUAACCCUGCCACUGAUCGGGAAGCUCCUGAAAUUUCAACUUCUCCAGAUUAAACUAAAGGAUCAAGACCGCCGAGAAGGCGAGAAGAAGAUGUCGGAGGACAAGCUGAAGAUGGAGAAAGACAAGGGGAAGGCCAAGUCCCCCAAGGAGAAAAAGGGCAGCUCCCCCAAGGCCACCAAGGGCAGGGGCAAGGAGCAGCCCGAGUCCAUCGCCACCAUGAAAAAGCCCACCCAGCUGAAGCGUAGGGGAGAGGAGGACGAGAGGAAAGCUUACAUCGAUGAUGAACCUGACGAUGGCGCCCAACAUUACAUUAUCGUGGUUGGCUUUAGAAACCCUCAGCUCUUAGCCAUCAUGACGGAGCUCGGCAUUCCCAUCACCAGCGUCAUUAAAAUAUCUUCAGAGAAUUACGCUCCUCUGCGGAGCCACCUGGCAGAGCUAAACGUGCAGCAAGAGGCUUUGCUUCUGCCGGAAGAAAUAGAAGCUGAAAAUCUGAAGAGAAGGAAAGCCAUAAGGGAACUUGAAAUUUUCUGGAAGUACCUGGAACCAAUCCUAAAUAAUGACAAACCUGAAACAAAUCUCUUUGAUGUGGCACGACUGGAAUGCAUGGUCAAAGCCAUGGAUUUUCCUUCCGACUGGUCAAACCUUGGGAUGAUGGUGGAGCUGGGCACAGUGAUUUUUGAAGACGUGGCCUGUUUGAUGUAUGACAGCCUGGACUGGAAGAGGCAACAUCAGCACUAUCUGAGAAACAUGCAGAUCAUCAACAUCCCGCAAGUGACCAGCGAGAAAGCUGCACUAGAAUCCAUACCAGAGACCUCACCGCCUGUGGUCCCCACCCUUACAAAGAAGAAAGUGUUGAGCGAAGAGCAACCAGCUUCACACUCAGUGCCUCCAGGCGAGUAUGAAAACUGUGGCUGGAGGCCCAGCCUCCGAGGCUGCAUCUUGGGGAACAUGACGGCCUCUGCCCUCCACGUUGCUUCCGGCUUCUCCUCCAUCUGUGCUUCCGUCAGCGGUGUGGAAGUUGACAUGAGGUAUUACAACGACCUGAUGAACCCCAUUCCAGAGGAGUUUGUUUCCAUCCCCCUCAUCAUGCACUGCAUCCUGGAACAGGUUGUGGCCAGUGAGGAGGAUCGUGUCCCCCCAAGCCUGGUGGAGCUGCCCCCCAGAGCCGACGGGCUGGACCACAGGGUGGCCGCCCACAUGGUCUCCAUCCUGCCCUCCCUCUGCCUCACCGAGAAGGAGAGAAAGAAUCUCCGUGAACUAUUCUCAUCUGAAGAGGAAAGCAAGAGCAAGGCAGUGCCCAAAGGGCCGCUCCUCCUGAACUACCAUGACAUCCUCGCCCACAAGAAGUACGCGCUGAAGGACCAGCAGUAUUUUGACCCGAUCCAAAUUGAGCAGGAAAUGCGAGCCAAGUCUCCGUUGUGGGAUUGCCUUCAGUUCCCUCUGCCACCGCCGUGGAACAGCACCAGGCGCCUCGCCACGAUCCACGAGCUCAUGCACUUCUGCACCAGUGAUGUUCUGAGCUGGAAUGAAGUAGAACGGGCCUUUAAAAUAUUCACCUUCGAGAGCCUGAAGCUCUCCGAGGUGGAUGAGGACGGGAUUCUGCAGCCUUCGGGGAUGACGCACACCACUGAGGCUGAGACGGUCAACAUUCCGUGGGACAACCCUGCCAGGUUUGCCAGGCAGAUCCGAGAGAGCCGCCUGCAGCAGGCCCAGAGAUACGCGGAAGAGGCCAGGCAGAAACUGGCAUAUCAGAAAGACACCAACCUUAAAGACAAAAUCCUCUUCGUGGACCAGGAUUGGAUAACAGCUGAGCCUGACGAUGCUGACAGCAAGAAACCAUCCGAGCAGAGGACUAUGAGGUCUUCAGACCCUGAGAGCAGGGACCUGACCCAGCUGGAAGUCGACACAAGCACGAUUACCAUGUCUUUGGAGCAGACCGUGAACACAGAGAUGAAAGAUGAAGCAAGCACAAAGUAUGCUACUCCUGAAACGAAACCCAAGAAGAUGGUGGUAGAGGCAGAUUUGGAGGACAUAAAGAAGGCACAGCAGCGCAGUCUGAUGGACUGGAGUUUUUCUGAACAUUUUAAGCCUAAAGUCCUGCUGCAGGUUCUCCAAGAAGCUCACCAGCAGUAUCAUUGUGUGGAUUCUUACUACCAUACCCAAGACAAUUCCUUACUUUUAGUUUUCCAUAAUCCAAUGAAUACCCAGCGUUUGCAUUGUGAAUUUUGGGAUGUUGCUCUUCACUCUAAUGUUGGAUUCAGGAGUUAUUUAGAACUUGUUGCAAAAUCCAUUCAAGAUUGGGUCACAGAAGAAGAAGCUAAAUAUCAGGAGCGUAGAAUGUCGGAGGAGCUCGAGAGGGCCAGAGCUGCUGCUGAGCAAGAACUAAAAAUGUUGGCUACUGUCAGAAAUUCUACUAGCAAAACAAUUUCCCCCAAAAAAUCUAAAAGUAACAAACUAUCCAGCAAAACAGACAUAUCAGAACAAGAUAAAGAAAAGGAUGAGAUGCCCUUUGUGUUAGAAGGCUCUCUCAAGGCGUGGAAGGAAGAGCAGGAGCGGCUCGCGGAAGAGGAGCGCAUAAGGGAGGAAAAGAAGGCAGAAAAGAAGAGCAAGGAAGCGAACAAGCAGAAAGGCAAGGAAAAAGGAGCGAAAGGAGCGAGCAAGCCUGUGAAGAAGAAAACGUCUUCCAAAGAGAAAGAUAAAGAGGAACUGAUGAAGAUCGCGGAACUGGUUCAGGAGAUCCCCCAGGCACCGGAGCCCCAGCCUGACAUAGUUUACCAGUUUCGAGGCUACAACAUGGGAGAUACACCCAUUCAAAUCUCAGGGGUAAACUACUACCUGUACCCUUCUGACGGCGGGGAGAUUGAAGUAGAAAAGAUGACAUUUGAAAAAGGCUCCACUUUUAUUAAGGUGAAAGUGAAAAAAGACAAGCACAGUUUCAUCAUCCACCUGAGGGACCCGAAGGAAAUCGUGAGAAAGCAAGAGGACGAGAGGGACAACGCUUCCGAAGACGACUAUGAAGACGAGGAGGAAGCAAAAGAUAAGGAAACAAGUAAGUGGCUACAACACUCGGACACAAAGAACAUCAUUGUCAGCAAGUUUGGAUCCUUUUCCGCCGUGUUAGAAAAUGGAAUCUGCCUUUCAAUAAGCUACUAUGGGCCAGGUGGAACGGCACCAGAGGAGAAAGACCCCGCCCUGGAGCCGAUGUUGAAUAUUCCUUCGGCCCACACCCCAACAGUGGUGCCCGUGGUGGUGACCGCGCCACCAAACAAAGCCAAAGCCAAAGCCAAAGGCAAAGAGAAACCCAAAGAGCCUAGCAAAGAGGAAGAGCACCCCAAAGAAGAAGAGAAAAAGGUCGAAGAAGUAGAACCAGAACUUGUUAUCCAAGAGACUCCGUAUGUUCCCACCUUCCAAAACCUGAAUGUGUCUUGCCCCAAUGGGCUCCUGUUAACCUUCCUUGGGCAAGAGCUUACAGAUCAAAAUACCCCAGAUGAGGAACGGACCUGGGCUAUCACGGUUCGUCAGAGCUACCCCCAGAGGGCCCAGCACUAUGAGUUCUACAAAACUGUGAUGCCGCCCCCCGAGCUGGAGGCCUCCAGAGUUAUCACCAGCCAAGGCACGGUUGUCAAGUACAUGCUGGAUGGGUCCACCCAGAUUCUCUUUGCAGACGGCGCUGUGAGCAACAGUCCAGAUUCCGGUCCCGUGUGUGCCUCUCCCGAGACAUCCACAAGCCCCCACAACGGAGAUAUGGUGGACACAGCUUCUCAGCAAAAAUCAGAAACCGUCCCGUCGGAGAUUGUCAUCACAAAGAAGGGUCACAAAGGUCACAAAAGCCAGUCAUCUGGCUCGCAUAAGAAUGAGCCCCACGAGCCGCCCACCAUGGAGGCGCCUCAGGUGGCCACACCCAUGGAGAGCCACCUGGGCAUCUGGUACACAACCACACCCGAUGGAAAGCGGAUUGGCACCAAAGGGCUGGAAAGAAUCCAAGACUUGGUCCCGUUCCUGUCCUUCCAGGCCACAGACCCCAUCAAUGAAACGGUGAUGACCACUCGAGAAGACAAGGUGGUCAUUGUGCAAAAGAAGGAUGGCACUCGGAUAGUGGACCACGCCGACGGCACCAGAAUCACCACCUUCUAUCAAGUGUAUGAAGACUGCGACCCCCCUUCCCGCGAUCAAGAAAUGACUGACAGUCCGGGAUCUGUCACGCGGAGGGUGAAGUGCAUGCGGGUAGAAAGCCUGCACCAUGCCACUGUCAUCACAAACUGCGAGGACAGCAGCUGCUGUGCCACCUUUGGGGAUGGGACAUCCAUCAUCGCAAAGCCACAGGGCACCUACAAGGUGUUGCCCCCCAACACGGGCUGUCUUUAUAUCGAUAGAGAUUGUUCGGCCACGUACUUCCAUGAAGCGAGUAGCAAUAUCUACCAUCCUUUCCAGAAACGUGAGCAGCUCCGGGCCAGCCGGUACAUCAUGAAGCACACGUCUGAAGUGCUCUGUGAGGUCAUGGACCCUGAGGGAAACGUCUUCCAGGUCAUGGCUGACGGGACAGCCUCAACUAUGUUGCCUGAAAAAAAACUGGAAGAGGAGUUGAAUAUACAGACUGAGGGCUAUGAGAGUUUAUCAUCGGUUCACCUGGAAAAGAAUCAUAUGCAGAUCUAUGGGGAGCAUGUCCCAAGGUUUUUUGUUAUCUAUGCCAACGGAUCAGGGCUGGAACUCCUGCGGGACAGCGACAUCGAGGAAUACCUGUCCUUGGCCUAUGGAGACUCGACCUCAGUGGUUCUCCACGAGCCCAUUCAGGAGCAGCCCGGCACCCUGAGUAUCACUGUCCUGCGUCCCUUCCACGAAGGAUCACCGUGGCUGCUGAAGAAGGAAUUAGACAGCGUGGUUCCACCCAAUCUCUGCUCAAGGCCGUGGGACACCUUCCCCUCAGUGGAGAGAAAAACCCCAGGGCCGCCAUUUGGCACGCAGAUCUGGAAAGGCUUCUGCAUGGAGACGAAGCAGCUGGUGAGCGUGCCCGCACCCGUGCUCAAGGGCCCCGAUGUGCUCCAGAUCCGCCAGUUCUUCCAGCAUGAGGUCAUAAAGGAUGAGGUGAAGCUGAAGCUGCAGGUUUCCCUGAAGGACUACAUAAACCAUAUUCUAAAGAAAGAAGAUGAGCUACAGGAGAUGACAGUCAAGGAUUCCAGAACAGAAGAGGAGAGAGGCAACGCUGCGGACCUCCUCAGGCUAGUUAUGUCUUUCCCUAAAACAGAGGAGACUACAAAAGCUAGUGCCACUGAAGUUGCAGCCCACCUAGCUGAUUUAUACAAGAAAUCACUGCCUUCUGCUCCACCAUGUCCGUCAGAAACAUUUACGAAAGAUUUUUUUGAAAAGAAAUGGAGGAACACAGAAUCAGGAAAGCACUGGAGAGAAAAACUAGAAAAACAGAGGAGUGAAAUUGAGAAAACUAAAAAAUACCUAAGGGAAAUUAGGGAGAAAACCAUAGAACCCUACUUCACAGCUGAUUUGGGACUGUUAUACAAGUCUCAGUAUAAUUAUCUGAACAAGCUUUCCAAAAACCUGCCUCCUAUCACCAAGAAAGAAGAAAAGACAAGGGAAUCGAUUAGUCCAGAUAUAUUUGAUCUUCACUCAGGGUCCAGCUCCUCCACAGUCUCAGAACAGGAAUCCCUCAAUACUUACAGUAUCCCCACGUCAAUGAUCUCAGAGGAUACCAAGAGGUCUCCGACCCAGGAUGAAAACGACCACCUCACAAGAAUCACUGAAGAACUGGAAUCUUCUGAGACCUGGAAAAUCCCAACCCAGUCAUUAUUGCAGGAUGUGGCCGGACAAGCAAGGAAAGAAAAAGUGAGGCUGCCCCACUACCUGCUGAGCUCCAAGACCAAGAGUAAGCCUCUUGGAAAGAUCCAUGACUGUGUCGGGGGCAAAGUGAACACAUCCUCCAUCGCCUCAGCCGUCAAGAACAACGCCAAGGCCUCCCCUUUCGGGUUCUAUCUUCUGCCACCAUCGGUGAAGUUUGGAGUGCUGAAAGAAGGACAAACCUACGCUGCCACAGUAAAGCUCCAGAAUAUUGGCGUAGACUUCUGCAGGUUUAGAGUGAAGCAGCCCCCACCCAGCACUGGACUGAAAGUGACUUACAAGCCUGGACCAGUGGCGGCUGGUUUGCAGGCAGAGCUGAAGGUGGAGCUCUUCGCCACGGCCAUAGGGGAGGAAGGAGCCAAAGGAACUGCCCACAUCUCUCACAAUAUUGAAAUUAUGACGGAGCACCAUGUCCUGCUCCUGCCUGUGGAAGCAACAGUUUUAACCAGCAGUAACUAUGAUAAUCACCAAAAAGAUUUUCCCCGGGGAAAAAAAAAUCCCAUGAUCCAAAAGACUUCCACGAUUUCUUCUUCUGCACUUGGAGUGUUCAUGUCUCGGAAGGUUUCUCAACAUUAG